CCAUUACUCUCUCACUCUCCGUCACACACACAAACACAGACCCCCCUCUCGCACAGAAGUAGACAGAGAGCAGUGAAGAGCAGAAGGAGCUGGGUGGCAGGAGGGAGGCAGGAGGGCUGUUGUUGAUUGAACAAAGCCAGGGAAGGAGCGUACAGUCGUGGGGCGAAGAGCAGCUUUGAAAUGCCUUGAAGGGAGCCUGCCAGUUACUCCUGCAGAGACCUGAAGGUGUGCUUCAGCUGAGGAUGGCAGGAGAUUCUCGAGUCCUCAUGGACCACAACAUGGAGAUAGGGGUAACCCCUGCACAGGUUAAGAAACUCCCAAAACAUCUGCGGGAGACUCAGAUCUCAACCGAGCGAACCCACUUGAUUUCAGAGCCUGUAAAAAAGCCAAGACAGCGGUAUGUGCAGAAGGACGGCAAGUGCAACGUUCAUCACGGAAAUGUGCAAGAGACCUAUCGUUACCUCAGUGACUUAUUUACUACUCUGGUGGAUCUGCGGUGGCGCUUCAGUCUAUUAAUUUUUACCUUGGUUUAUGUGGUCAACUGGCUUUUCUUUGGGUUUCUCUGGUGGCUUAUUGCACUGGUUCGUGGAGAUCUGGUGCAUGGAGAUGAAGAGGGCUGGACCCCCUGUGUGGAAAACCUCAACAGUUUUGUCUCAGCUUUCCUCUUCUCUAUCGAGACAGAGACCACCAUUGGGUAUGGCUAUCGCGUCAUUACAGAACGAUGCCCUGAAGGUAUUGUGCUGCUCUUGGUGCAGGCCAUCUUGGGAUCCAUUGUUAACGCAAUUAUGGUGGGGUGCAUGUUUGUCAAGAUUUCACAGCCAAAGAACCGCGCCGAGACCCUCAUGUUCUCAACCAAUGCCGUCAUAUCGGUGCGGGACAACAAGAUGUGCCUGAUGUUUCGAGUGGGGGACUUGAGGAACUCUCACAUUGUGGAGGCGUCAAUUAGAGCGAAGCUCAUCCGCUCACAGCAGACCAAAGAGGGGGAGUUCAUCCCACUCAACCAGACCGACAUAAACAUCGGCUUUGACACAGGGGAUGAUCGGUUGUUCCUGGUGUCGCCACUCAUCAUUUCUCACGAGAUCAACGAAAAGAGCCCCUUCUGGGAAAUGUCCAUGGCACAAAUGGAGAAAGAGGAAUUCGAAAUCGUCGUUAUCCUUGAGGGCAUGGUUGAAGCCACAGGAAUGACAUGUCAGGCUCGGAGUUCCUACCUGGAUACGGAGGUGUUAUGGGGCUACCGCUUCACACCUGUUUUAUCUUUGGAAAAGGGCUUCUAUGAAGUAGACUACAACAACUUCCAUGAUGUCUAUGAGACCAACACUCCCAUCUGCAGCGCCAAGGAGCUGGCCACCAAGCUUCGGGACGAACCACUUUUGCCUCAGCUCCCGCUUCUAAGCCCCGAACCUACAACGCAAACUUUUGACCCCCUGGACUGCCUGUCAGAGUUGAAUCCACUAAGUCAGGAUGAAAAGAUGGAGGAAAGAGAUUCAGGUGACAGGGGAGAGAACAAUGGCUCAGCUGCUGCUCUCGAGGAGCCUCCAAUCGCUGAUUGACUUCCUGACUGCAGUGUUACAUCAGCCAAGAAGUCCAGCACAGACUGGAGCAGACGAUGCUUCUUUUAAUCAAUGGCCAUUUAUUUACUCUGCAGUAAUUUGAGACAACAGACUGUGUCUCCAGAUUCCGACACAUGCAAUAUUUCUCCAUAAGAGCAUCAAUCUAUGGCAUAGAUUGGUUUUGUAGACAAAAUAUAUUACUCAUACAGAGGCACACAUUUAAAAUAACUAUAACUACUCUUAGAGUUUGGGGGGUUUUUAUAACCACAAGGAUCACCAAACUGUUAUUUCACAUGAGUUCAAGUUUGAUGGUUUAAAGCAAACUAAAGCUGGAAGCCCUGAAAGCACACCAUGAGUUUAUUGUGGAUGCACCAAUAUUCUCAUUUUAAGAUGUUGUAAGUCUGCAUUUUUUUAAGCUUCCAGUCACUCCCAUUGAGAGAACCUGUCUAAACAGUCACUUUAAAAAGCUCAAAUGUCUGAGAGCAGCUUGCAUGUGAUAAUAAAAUCUUGCUUGUAUUUAUUUUAUUUUAAAAUAAGAGACAUUUUUUUUGUUUCCUGUUUCUGUCAGUAUUAAUACAACAUCUCUGCCACAUAAAGGUAAAGACAUAGAGCUUCUAGUUUGCAAAAGAAGAGCUUGGAAGCCACUGAAAUGUUACACCUACUGGCAAACAUAGCGCAAUUCUGUGUUUCUUUGUUUGACUCUUUUGUCAUCGCUCUGCUGUCCUAAAUACAGUUGCAGUGCGUUUCUGUGUGUAACGUCUUUGAACCACUGGGAGAGCUGACCCAAAAGAAUCUUCAUCGUACCUCAUUUGGUAUGCAUCGUCUGAGUUUUAAAAGAACUUUUUAAAAAAAAAAAAAAAAAAAAAAAAAAAAGCU